AUGUCUGAUGGUGAAUCUGAUGAGUUUGAGGAUAACACCAGUAAACUUGGGGAAUACGAAGGGCAGAGAAAUGAUGCAGGGGAGCGACAUGGAGGCGGUAAAGCUAUCCUGCCCAACGGGGACAAUUAUCAGGGACAGUAUGAGUUUGGCAAAAGAUGCGGAAAGGGGACAUACCGCUUCCAGAAAGGGGCGAGAUAUGAGGGAGACUAUAAAAAUAACCUAAAACAUGGAGAGGGCAUCUUCUACUAUCCAGAUGGCUCUAAAUAUGAAGGCUCCUGGGUAGAGAACAUGAGACAUGGUCAUGGUAUCUACACUUACGCCAACGGAGACACGUAUGAUGGAGAGUGGCUGAGUGAUAUGAGGCACGGUCAGGGCAUUUACCACUACCAAGAAACUGGCUCAAAGUACAGGGGCUCAUGGGUGAAUGGCCAAAUGGAGUCGGCGGGAGAGUACCUCCACUCUAACCACAGAUACGAGGGAAACUUUACCAACAACAAACCCUACGGCCCGGGGAAGUACGUGUUUGAUAUUGGGUGUGAGCAGCACGGUGAAUUCCUCCAAAUUGAAAAAGGGGAGGAUCUAUCUGACAUGGAGUGGGGCGAGUCGGGGCCCCCCACCACACUCAAGUGGGUUCCCAAGAGCAUCACCAACGAGACAGCUGGGGACAGAGAUACAGCUUCACAAGAAGAGGCUGAAGAGAUCUGA